UUUUUUUACUCCUUCUGUCAGCUAAGAAACGCUGAAAACAUUGACUCAAAGAAAUGGAUGAUGAACCUGAAAGAACCAAACGGUGGGAAGGGGGUUAUGAAAGAACAUGGGAAAUUCUUAAAGAAGAUGAAUCUGGAUCAUUAAAAGCGACUAUAGAAGAUAUUCUCUUCAAAGCCAAGAGAAAAAGAACUUUUGAACAUCAUGGACAAGUACGACUUGGGAUGAUGCGCCAUCUGUAUGUCAUAGUAGAUGGAUCACGAACAAUGGAAGAUCAAGAUUUAAAACCUAAUAGAUUAACGUGUUCCUUAAAGCUACUGGAAUAUUUUGUUGAAGAAUAUUUUGAUCAAAAUCCUAUUAGCCAGAUUGGCAUCAUUGUAACUAAGAGUAAAAGAGCUGAAAAACUGACUGAACUUUCAGGGAAUCCAAGGAAACAUAUAACAGCUCUGAAAAAAGCUGUAGAUAUGACCUGCCUAGGAGAGCCUUCUCUAUAUAAUGCCUUAAAUUUAGCCACUCAAACAUUAAAGCACAUGCCAGGACAUACAAGUCGAGAAGUUUUAGUAAUACUCAGCAGCCUAACAACAUGUGAUCCCUCAAAUAUAUAUGACCUAAUAAAGUCCUUAAAAUCAGUUAAGAUCAGAGUGUCUGUUAUUGGUCUUUCUGCUGAAGUUCGAGUAUGCACUGUGCUUGCCAGAGAAACUGGUGGAACCUACCACGUUAUUUUAGACGAAAGCCAUUACAAGGAGCUCCUGAUGCAUCAUGUCAGUCCACCACCGGCCAGUUCUAGUUCUGAAAGUUCUCUUAUUCGAAUGGGCUUUCCUCAGCACACAAUUGCGCUAAUGGCUGACCAGGAUGCAAAACCAUCUUUUAGCAUGGCGCAUCUGGAAAACAGCAAUGACCCAGGCCUUACAUUAGGAGGAUAUUUCUGUCCCCAGUGUAGAGCCAAAUAUUGUGAACUCCCUGUGGAAUGCAAAGUGUGUGGACUUACACUAGUGUCUGCACCACACCUGGCUCGAUCGUACCAUCACCUAUUUCCUUUGGAUGCCUUUGAGGAAGUCCCAGUGGAACAGUAUAUGGGGGAAAGGUAUUGUCAGGGAUGUCAGGGAGAAAUCAGAGAUCAUCAUGUCUACAUCUGUAAAGUCUGUCAUAGUGUAUUUUGUGUUGAAUGUGAUCUUUUUGCUCAUGAUACCUUGCACUGCUGUCCAGGUUGCAUUCACAGCCAUCCUGGUCCUCCCUGUAUUUGAUGCCUCUCAUUAAAUAUUACUUCUUGUACAUUCCUCUGAGCAGAGAAUCUUCACCAGUUAUUGAACAUCUUCAACAAAUUAGGUUAAAGAGAAAGAUAAGGAAGAUGAGUCACCUGGAGGUGUAUCUAAAUAUGAUUUUAUGCACCAUUCUAUAAUGUAUUUAAUGGACACAUAAUUCUGUGUGUUACCUGUAUUUGUUUUUGCUAAUGUUCUUUUGGAACAAUAUGGAAUAAUGUGCCAAAUUUAUUUUGAAAAUAUUAAAAUGGACAUGUGCACUUAAAAUAUGAAUCUUAUU